AUGUCAAACCACGUUCUUCUUCUGGGUGGUAGCGGAAAAGUGUCCAAGCUGUUGACCCCCUUGCUGUUACAGCGCUCUUGGACUGUUACUAGUAUCAUCCGUAACCCCGAUCAAGUCGCAGACUUACAAAAGCUCGGCGAAAAUCAGGGCGGAAAGCUGAACGUGCUCGUUAGGAGUCUUGAAGAUGUUAAGAGCGAGUCGCAGGCCAAAAGCAUUAUCGAUGAGGUGAAGCCGAACUAUGUUGUCUGGAGUGCAGGCGCUGGAGGCAAAGGAGCUCCCGAACGGACUUUCGCAAUUGAUCGUGAUGCCGCGAUACACUUCAUCCGUGCAUCCGCAGCUACCCCCUCCAUCACUAAAUUUCUGAUGGUGUCUUUCAUUGGCUCACGUCUGCAGAAGCCGUCCUGGUUCGGUGAUGCCGAUUGGGAGGAGCAGCUCAAGGGUCGCGAGAAGCUGCAGCGCUACUACGAAGCCAAGGUUGCCGCUGAUGAGGUCCUCUACAAGGAGGGUAAGAAGCGCGCCGACUUCGUGGGUAUCAACUUGAGGCCCGGUUUACUGACGGAUGAGCCCGCCGGCAAGGUUGAGCUGGGCAGGCUCAAGAAGGCGAGGGGAACGAGCAGCCGUGCUUCAGUCGCGCAGUUGGCGGCGCUGCUGCUCGAUGCCAAGGACGUUAAGAACGUUUGGCUGGACAUGUUAGAUGGCGAUGAGGAUCCGGAGGCGGCGGUCCAACGCGUCGUCAAAGAGGGCGUAAACGAUGCCGAGGAAGAACCCUUCUUCUAA